UUCUUUGGGGGUCCCGUUUUGUACCAUUUCGCUCCAUCCAGCAUCCAGCAUAGCAUAUGUCAAGCAGGGUGAUUGAGUAGCAGCAUGCAAAGGUAAACGGAUAUAAUCAACACCGGACUUUUUUUCCUGGAGAAGAUGUGCUCCCACGUGAAGAAGGGUGUUGUAGCAAAUGAAGAGAAGUGAAAUUUGGAUCAGUAAAUCAAGAGUAUCCACUUCCCGCCCGCCGGCUUAGCCCCUUGUGCCUUGACAACUGGCACGCCUACCCAGCACAGCUGAGCUGCUCCAAGCUGAGCUGCAUUGGACCCUGAAUGCCCAUUAGUGACGAGUGAGACUCACCGCCACAGCCACACAGGCCCGUCAGCUCCCACACGCGACACAAUUCAAUUCCGGGAUAUCACACAACUUCACUUCAUCAUUUCGAGGACAAAUCCCCAAUUCCUUUGCCACUUUCCAUUCGCCCACAAUGCCAUCCAAAGACGCAAAAUCCAAGCCGAUACCCCCUGAUUCGCGACUUGUUUUUGAGCCGCAAAACACCCCCACUACCCCGCCAGAUCUCCGCCUCCUACACUACAACGAUGUUUACCAUGUCGAUGCCUCAUCAGCAGAGCCUGUGGGCGGCAUCGCACGCUUUCAGACCUUGGUCAAUCAUUAUCGCAACGACAAAUCUUUCGAGGGACAACCCAAGUUGUUGACCUUCUUCAGUGGCGAUGCCUUCAACCCGAGUUUGGAGAGCAGCGUCACCAAGGGCGCGCACAUGGUGCCCAUCUUGAACAACGUGGGCACUGAUGUGGCCUGUGUAGGGAACCAUGAUCUCGAUUUCGGCAUCAAGCAGUAUAGACACUUGACUUCGCAAUGCAAAUUCCCCUGGCUUCUCGCGAACGUCCUAGACCCAGCCCUCGGGGACGACGUUCCCCUCGGAAACGCGGAGAAGACUGUCAUGCUCACAUCCUCGAACGGCAUCAAGGUUGGUGUGAUCGGAUUGGCGGAGAGGGAGUGGCUGGAUACCAUCAAUUCGCUUCCCCCAGACAUUAUAUACAAGUCGGCUUCCGAGACGGCAAAGAAAUUGAUUCCGGGCUUAAAAGAGCAGGGUGCUGAGAUCAUCAUAGCGGUAUCGCACCAGAGGGAGCCGAACGAUAACAAGCUGGCGGAGAAGACUGGCGGAGAUUAUAUUGAUAUCAUACUCGGUGGGCAUGAUCACUACUAUGCGCACAGUCUGAUCAACGGCACGCAUGUACUACGCUCCGGUACGGAUUUCAAACAGCUGUCCCACGUGGAAGUAUGGAGGAAGGCGGAUGGCAAAGGAUGGGACUUUAAGAUCACACGCAGAGACAUCGUGAGCACUAUCCCAGAGGAUCCAGAAGCCGUACAGACCGUGGAGAAGUUGACCAGGAAACUGCGCGAAAAAUUGGAUAAACCUAUUGGCUACACUGCUGCGCCUCUAGACGCACGUUUUACUACCGUUCGAACUCGCGAGAGCAAUAUAGGCAAUUUCGUAUGCGACUUGAUGCGUUAUUACUACAACGCCGACUGUUGCAUCAUGGCUGCCGGCACGAUCCGUGGUGACCAGAUCUACCCGCCUGGACUGUUACGGUUGCGGGACGUUGUGAAUUGUUUCCCAUUUGAGGAUCCAGUCGUUGUGAUGAAGGUCACUGGGAAACAGAUAUGGGACGCUCUGGAAAACGGAGUCUCGAACUAUCCCGCGCUCGAAGGCCGGUUUCCGCAGGUCAGCAACAUCAUUUUUGAGGCUGAUUACAGCCAAAAACCACAUAGCCGGAUUGUUAGCGCUCAAAUUGGAGGAAAGAAGCUAGAAGACGAGCGAGAGUAUGUGCUUGCCACUCGCGGCUACAUGGGUAGAGGAAAAGACGGCUACACAUCGCUUCUCAUCGAAGAAGAAGGUGGCACCGCCAAAGAGAUCGUUAAUGAAGAGAACGGGGUUCUGAUCUCCACAAUCCUCCGUCAAUACUUCAUGUCCCUCAAAGUCCUCGGCAAAUGGAAGCACUGGGGACCCUCCAUGGAUCGCAAGUUCACAAAAAUCCAAACCUCACUCCAGCGCACGCACACUUUCCACGACGCCUCACCCACCGACAGCUCGGCUCCACAGCUGCCUCGACACGCCAGCAUUUCAAAAGUUCUAGACCUGCACAAGCGAGACGAGAGCCCCGGCUCGGCGAGCGAUUCCGAGGCUGAUCCUGAUACGGACGAGGAGGACAUUGUGGAUGAGGAGCUGAUCCGCUUCACUGGAGAUGAAUUGGCUAUGGUGAGGAGGGUGAUGAAGAAAUGGUGGAGGUUGGCUGGGUUGAAAGGAACACCCAAGUGUGCGGAUGAGUUGGGGACGGAGGAGUUACGGGUGGAUUGGACCAAGGCGGUUGCGCCGAGGGUAGAAGGGAGAAUCAAAGAGGUCAGCAGAGCCUAG